AUGGAUGAAUGUAUGGGAUCAUCGUUUACAAGUUCACUAAAUCAAACUCAAUCGCCUGUAAAUGAUCCUUUCGAAAACAGUGGACUUGUUAAAUUUCGUAAUGAAUUCAGUAAAAUUCAUGGUCCAUUAUCUUUAGCUGUGUGCACAUUUGGUAUUCCCGCAAAUCUACUAAAUAUUAUUGUGUUAACACGUCGUGAACUCGCUCAAACAGCUACAAAUCAUCUUUUGCUAUGGCUGGCAUUCGCCGACCUCCUCCUGAUGAUUAUGUAUGCUCCAUGUCUCUAUCAUUUUUUUAUUCUUCAUCCACAUCCAAUGAAACCGCCAAUUUAUACACCAUCAAAAUUAUGGAUUACUUAUCAUGAAAUAUUUACCAGUUGUUCGUUGAUGUUUCAUUCACUAGCCCUAUGGUUAGCUGUUAUACUGGCUUUAUUCCGUUAUAUACAUGUUGGAUUUCCAGUGAUCGGUUCCGUGUAUACAACACGGAGACGUGCAUUUUUGUCAGCUGUCCUGACGACAAUCUGUUGUAUAUUUAUUACUAUACCAAAUGUACUAGUGAAUCAUAUAAGAUCAUGUCAUGGACCCGUAUUCAAUUCUAAUUCUUAUAAUUCCGUUUAUCAUGUAGAUACAUUGAAUAAAAGUGAUGUACAAAUUUAUUAUUUUAUAUCAUCAGAUCCCUACGAUGCUGAGACAGAUUCUAAUAAAAGUGAUCCGAACGCAUAUCAUCAGAGCACCUCGGAGCAUUCCAAUUAUUCAUCCUCAUCUUCUUCGCCCUCAAUAACAUUCCAACAUUCAUUAAAGUUUAGAGCCCCGUCAAAACGAUUGCACACUUUUAAUGUUUGGUUACAAUCGAUUGCAUCAAAGAUUGCACCGCCAUUUCUAUUGACUAUUUUAACUAUACUCCUGAUUGGAGAAUUACAAAAGGCGAUACGUCGUCGAAGAGCCCUAUUUCGUAAUCGUGAUAAAUCACAGUUUAAAACAGUUAAAGUAACAGCACCAACACCACCAAGCGGGGUAGGGGGAGAUAUGAAAAAGAAUCAUCAACGACAAUCUAUGCCAUUUAUUCAUAAUUCAUCAACUCUAUCCAAUUAUUCGAAUGAUGAAGAAUUACCUCAAGGGAUACUUGUUAUAUGUUUACAUUUAAUAGAGAAUUUUGAAGAAAAUGUUUAUCAACAUGUAGGUGAUUUGUUGGAUUUUUUAACUCUAUUGAAUGAAUCAAUUAGUUUUGUUAUUUAUACAACAAUGUCACAUCAAUUUCGUAAAACAUUUUAUAAUACAUUUUGUCCAUUAUUACAUAAUAAAUUGAAUCAAUCACAGGAGAAUACAUUGAAUCGUUCUCAACAUCAACACAGUCAACAACAGCAACAGCAGCAACAGAAAAAUCAACACCACCAACAGCAACAACAACAACCACACUUUUCUGAUCAGAGCCUGUCAACAAAGCAGAAAGUUGAUCAACGUUCAUGUGAUACAGAGAGGUCAGAGAAGAGGAUUAACUUUUCAAAAGACCUCAGAAAUAAAAGUGAUAUUGAUAAUAGUAAUAAUAGUGAUAAAACAUUAAGUAACAAUACAGUAAUCACUCAGUCUUCAAUAUGUACAUAG